ACGCACCAGGCUAUGAUACCCAAGUACGCGUCCGAAAAUGCCGCCCCUGGUCUUGUUUUGCGGGUUCAGAGAUAUUGAGGAUGUCGGCUCGUUUUUUCGUGACCAGGCGCUUGAGAAGGGACACAGACUUUUUGAGAAUAAUCACGUCUACGCUGUGCGAGAAGAGGACGGCGUAGACAUUACGGCCAAGUGUCACUCCCAACAGGGGAAGCACGUGUACGACGUCACAAUCCGGUUAAACCCACAGUCCCGGAAGAUCAUCACCGGGUCGUGCACCUGCCGGUACGGCGUCCUCGGAAACCGCAGCAACACCGUGAGGAAGCAACAACCACGAGAGAUGCCUCCCAGCUACAUCCUUCGCCACUUUCCAGACAUCGAAACUCCAUUCACCGACAUUUUGCGAAUGAUGGACAAAAACCAGGUGGAAUUGGAGUGCUCUCAGACCAUGGAUGACAUUCUAGACCUUGUGGUGGACAAUGUGCAGCGGUCCGAGGUGGAAGAACUUCUACAGAACGUUCCGCUUGAGCCUUCGUGUGGACAGGAGCUGGGGGACUGCUUACACCAACUCACAGAUGCUGAGAGAAGCUUCUUUCAAAGAAGAGUUGCAUGUUCCGACAUUCUGAGUCUCUGCAUGGCGACGCUGGCACAAUCCAAGUGUGCACGGUGAGAUCUCUUAC